UGAUAAAUUUAAUGAAUAAUUAACAUAAGUACAUUUAUGAAAAUCGUCGGAAACUUUUAAAGAUGGCAACACUGCAACUGCAGUAAUUCGCAGGAAUGGUUCCAGCGCUUCGCAUAAGUCCGUUGCGAUAUCAGGACCUAGCCUAAAAAAACUAUAGUGCGCAACGUCAAAUUAUAUCUCCCACUUGCCCCAGCAUGUUUAUAAAUGAGUGUACGCGACCGUUUUUGUUUCAGUUGUGCUCGCGAAUGAAUCACAGUAAGCGUAGCGUUUUAAUUUUUAAUUAUGUGAAUUAAAUAUAACAAGUCGGGGCACACGAAAUAUGAUAAACAUGGAAAUCAAAGUAGAGGAACAGAAUCAAAGUAGAAUUUUUUUAGAGGAGACCUUUUAUGUACUCACCAAGAAAAACUGUGUGUUCCGAGUUAGGUUGAUCAAAGAAGGCCUUUGUCUUAUUAAAGAAACAGAUAACAACGUGAAAGAGCAGCUGAUUCCCAUAAGAGAUAUCAUAGGUUGUAGGUGCUUGAGGAGUAAAAAGCUAUCAAACAGUUGUGCUUGCAAAAGCCUGCCAAGGUCCAGCAGCCUUCAAGUGGUAGAGGACACAUCUGGAGACUUGGAUGAUUCUGAUGUGAGUGCGUAUCUGUAUAUAUAUGCUUAUAUUUUCCAAGGAACUAAGGCUUCAAAUCGCAAGAGAGAGAGAACAAUUAUUACUUUAAGAUUCAGAUCCUUUGACAAGUAUGAAGAGAAUCACAAAGAAGCACAACGAUGGAGGACUGUAAUAAAAAAAUUGACCAGAGGUGAUGAAAUCACAGCCUCAAGCAUCACAGAUAUUACUUUGAAUGCUAAACAUAAAGAGGCCAGGAAGUUGUUAAUCCUGUGCAAUCCAAAAAGUGGGGCUGGGAAGGGAAAAAAUAUAUUCCAACAGAAAAUAGUUCCUAUUUUACAAGAAGCUGAAAUUCCAUAUGAUCUCCACAUAACCAGGCAGGCAAACUUCGCACGAAAUUUCGUCAGGACCUGCAAUAUUUUCCUGUGGACUGGAAUUGUUGUGGUCGGCGGCGAUGGAAUCGUGUUCGAGGUCAUCAACGGCCUCUUCGAACGUAGCGACUGGUCGGAAGUGAUCCGCACAAUACCAAUCGGUGUCGUUCCGGGUGGAUCCGGGAACGGAUUGGCACGCAGCAUCGCCCAUCACUGUGAUGAGCCGUACAUGUCGUCGCCGACGUUGCCCUCUGCCCUCGCAGCCGUCAGGAACCACCACACCACCAUGGACCUGGUCCGGGUGGAGACCACGUCCCAGAUCAUGUUCUCAUUCCUCAGCGUCGGCUGGGGUUUAUUGUCCGACAUUGACAUCGAGAGCGAACGACUCAGGGUGCUGGGCGGGCAGCGGUUUACGAUCUGGUCGUUGGCCCGGUUAAUCGGCCUCAGAACCUACAACGGGAAACUGUGGUACUUGCCGGCGGAUGCACCGUUGGUGGAGCCGAAAGUUAACGACUCGAACAGCGCCAGCGUGUCGAGCAAUCUGGAUUUGCCGCAGGAGGUGCACCUGGAAACGGAGACGGGAAGGCCGCGCGUCGAUUCCUGGUACAGCGCGAACUCCAAACGGUCUGCCUAUUUUUCGGCCACCGGCAGCUCGUACCAAUCGACGGCCGACAGUGGGGACGUCCGCAACAACGGGGAGAAACCCCGCGUCUACGGACCGGCGUCUCAAUUACCGUGCCUAACUGCACCCCUUCCGGACACGUGGAAGUGUAUCGACGGCAGGUUUAUAAUGAUCCACGCGUCGUACCAAAGUCAUUUAGGGGAGGAUUGCUUGUUCGCACCCGAAGCUACGCUCAACGAUGGGAGAAUCUGGUUGCUGAUUGUGCACGGUGGCGCCACAAGGUCCCAAGUAUUGCAUUUUCUGUUAGGCCUGAGUACAGGGGCGCACGCCUCUACGAAAACGACCGGCGGACCCGUAGAACUCAUUCCAGUGCACGCCUUUAGAAUAGAACCGGACAUGAACGAGAUGGGAUAUAUUACAGUGGACGGAGAACAUGUGGAAUACGGGCCCAUACAAGCAGAAAUAUUUCCGGAACUGGGGAGAGUGAUGGUUCCCUGAUUAGAACAUUCCUUAGACACCUUUAGCAAUUUAAAAAGUAAAUCAAAGGUUGUGAUUUUAUCUACGUUAGAGCCUUUAUUGAUCAGGCUUGAUAGCAUUUAACUAGUUAACAUUUUUCAAUAGGUCGUUCAUUGGUAUUGUGUCAAAUUAAUAGCAUUUAUGUGUUCAAUUAUACAAUGUUUGUUUUUAUUCAGAUUUAUUCCGUUGUCGGUUUACAGUACACUAAUGAUUGACUUUUUAAACUUGUUAUAUUUUUACAAUUGUUAUAUAAUUUAUUUUUUAUAUUAAUAAAACUAGCAAACUAUUACCUAA